GGAGAGGGGGCGGGGCCACAGCUCGAGCCGCGGAGGCAACCGCGCUCGUCAUUGGCUGCGUGACGUGAUGCGGCGGGCGGGGGCGCAAAGGUUGGCGUGGACAGACGGCAGGUGCGAGGCUGGCAGUGGGCGGGCGGCCGUCGACAUGUCGGCCGAGUGUUUGGCGCGAUCCCUUCAGAACCUGAGCCUGCAGCAGCCCGGCGCCAGGCGUGCGGCUAAACCGCACCGAGGCCGCCUUCGCAAGGGAAAACGGCUUUACUUGCUGAGAGGACUUCCUGGAUCGGGCAAAUCAACUCUGGCCAGGAAUCUAAAACAUCAGUUUCGUGGUGCAGUGAUACUGAGUACAGAUGAUUAUUUCAUCAGACAAGAUGGUUCCUAUUUAUUUGAGAAGUACUUACUUGAUGAAGCUCAUGAAUGGAAUCAUGAAAGAGCCAAAUCAGCCAUGAGACAAGGGAAAUCUCCAAUUAUUAUAGACAAUACCAACAUUCAAGCAUGGGAAAUGAAACCAUAUGUGGUUAUGGCACAAGAAAAUGGUUAUGACGUGAAAUUCAGAGAACCAGACACACCAUGGAAAUUUGACAUUAGAAAACUAACCAGGAGGCAUUGGCCCAUUUUACCUAAUCUCUCUUCAUGUGACGAAUCUGCUUUUGCAGGAAUCAAUCUGCUGAAUCUUUGCUGCAUUCCUGCUAUCACAAGUGUUCCUUGCUUAGUUAGAUUUAAGAAUAAAUAUUCAUGGUGUUCCAAGAGAAACAAUUGAACGGAUGAAGGAACGGUAUGAGAGGAAUAUCACGAUUGACAAAGUGCUACAUGCAGAAAGGGGAGUCCAAAAUAACUGAUGCAAAGUUUCAGAAGAGGAACGAACUGAGAUGGAGAAAAAUCUGAUAAACUUAGUACAUGGAGGAGUAAUACUUGUUGGACAAAUCCAGGACUUUCCUCCAAGAUUGAUAAAUCACAUUUUAUUCAGAAUGGAGCAAAACUGCUUUUAAACUAACUUUUUAAAAAAAUAUUAAAAGCGGUAAAGCACUAAAGGUCUUUAAUCACAAACUAAAAAUGAUAAUUGUGACCAACAGAUUUUAUUCCAUAACAAUUUUUGUCAAAUGCAAUUUUCUAACCCUUUUGAGAUGGUUACAAGGUUGAAUCAGAAGCUAUUAUUGCAAACUCCUGCGCCAAAUUUUCCCGCAGCUAUUUUCUAUCAGUAUUUGUAGAUGGGACGCUGUAUUGAGAAGUUGUGAUGGUAAAAAUCAAUUUUUUUGUUUUUUAAUUAUGUUUUAAUACUAAUUUAAAUCAUAGAACUGGUGCAACAAUUUUAUAUCCCUAGUUGUAGAUGUAUAUUGUAUCUACAAUUAUUUUUAAUUCAUUCUCAGGAUGUUGACAAUGCUGGCAUUUAUCGCCCAUUUCUAGUUACUCUGAGAAGUUGGUAAGUAGUAUUGAUCUACUGCAAUAUUUUGUAGCAGUUUUAUACAGUUGAAUGGAUUAGUAGACCAGAGGGCAGUUAUGUCUAGUACAAAGAUUCACAAAUACAAUAUUACCCUUCCAUAAAGAACUUUAAUGAGCCAUUUAGGUUUUUAUGACAUUGCUUCAUAUAAUCACUUAUAUUAACAGGCUUCAAUUUCAUUUUAAGUGAUUUAAUAUGUUUACCACAAUAUGUAUGUAAGUUUUAUAUUAUGUAAAUAAAUUAGAAUGAAAAAUUGUAAUAAAAUACUAUAUUGCUUUUAAA